AUGUCCCGAUCCGCCGCCGAUGCUACGCGGUUCACGGCCACCGGGCCCUACGCCAGUUCCAAGCCCGGGAACGCGCCCUACAAACUGCCCAGCCACAUGUCGAACACCUCGUCAACCUCGGAACCGCAGGGGCCGGGGGGCAAGCCGGAGACCCCGAAGGAAAAGGUCGAGCGAUUGCGAGCACAGGCCCGGGCGGCUCGGACAGCCCAGUCGACCUCCCGCGUAGAUCAGAUGGUCGAUGUGGGACGGCGGUUUGCGAAUAGAGCGCACAAGGUGAUGGUGUACUCGCUGAUCACCGCGUCCGGCGUCUGCGGAGCUCUUACGGUCUACUCCCUAGUCUCCCUAACAUUAUACAACCGCCGACAGCGCGCUCUAUGGAUCGAAAAAGAGCUCCAGAAGCUGCAAGACGCCAAGACAGCCCGCGCCAACGGAUCCGCCACGACGGAGCAGCUGGAACUGCUGAAGAACGAAGAAAUCGGCGAGAUCUUCAAGCAGAAGAAGGAGGAGGCGAAGGCUGAGCGCCCCUGGAACAAAGUGACGCAGUACCUGCUCGGCGGACUGAAGUCGGAGGAGGCCGGACAACCCGCCUCUGAGGACAAGCCCCGGGUGUUGGAGGCGCUCAACGCAAAGGUCCUGGAAGGUGCUCCCCAGUCCCAGCAGUCGAAAGAGCCGUCGGCAUCGGGUCAACUGGAUGCGAUGGCGGAGAAUGCGGAAGGUGCGGCGAAGCAGUCGGCGCGAAGCUGGAAGAGCUGGUUCACGGGACGGUAA